AUAUGACAAUGCUAGGACAUGCUGUGAAGCCUAUAAACUCAUGUCGAGGCGGUAGGGAAGGAAAUAAUGCAUUUUUAAAGGAUGUAUGGUUUUGUGAUCAAACAUAUCCCGAGGUUGAUGGUAAUGUAAUAAAGGAAGCAUUGAGAGCUGGUGUCUCAAAAGACACUCUAAAUCUUUUAUUUGCUGAAAAUAAAGAAGACUGUUGCAGCUAUUCAUGGGGAAAGGAUGAAAUAUUUAAAAAUAUUCAUAUUGCUGUGAGAAAUGGUCAUCAUAAGCUUGCGGGUCAGCUAGUUGCUGAAGCUGUUACAAAGGGUGGCUAUGGUUUUGGAAACCUGCAUAAAGAGGUUUUAUUGAAUGAUAGACAGCCAUUGUCAGCAUUUAAGCCAAUAUCUGUUACAAAAAAAGCCCUUGGCAAUGCAAGGAUUACUCCUUUGCAUUGUUCUGCAAUUAAUCCAAAUCCAAUGUACUUAAGUUCUUUGUUGACUUCGGCUCCCGAAUAUAAUCUUCCUGAUGAUAAUGGAUGGCGUCCCAUACAUUAUGCAUCAGUUUGCAAAAGUACUGGGCCACUAGAAUUGCUGAUCUCAAGGGGCAUUUCUCUUGAAGAAACUGAAUCUGAAGGAAAUGCAGCUUUACAUGUUGCAGCACUCGCAGGGAGAGCCCAUAAUGUUGAUCUAAUUUUAAGGCACUUAAUUGCAUCAGAGCAUAAUAAGAAAGAAACUGCUAUUACUGUUUCACUUCAAGAUAAACAAUGUGUCAAUGCAAUUGACAAGGGCAAUAAGAAAUCAUAUACAGCGCUACAUAUUGCCUGCAGAGAGGGCCAUGCUGAUGUUGUGCGUGUCUUGAUAAGGCACAAAGCAAAUGUGGAUAAACUGACUAAUGCUCAGCAAGACAAACUAACACCACUGAUGUUUGCAUCUCAGAAAGGUCACUUAGAUAUUGUGAGCCUUUUAAUUGAGCAUUCAGCUCAAGUUGAAAUGAAAGAUAAAAAACAGAGAACAGCCUUAACACAUGCUGUAAUGAAUGGACAUGCUCAUGUAACAUCCUAUCUGUUGCGUCUUGGUGCCAAUCCAAACUCUACUGACUCUUCUGGUAAUACUUUAGUCCACUAUGCUGCUGCUUAUGGAUGGUAUUUUUGUAUGAAACUCUUGAUAGAAGCAGGAGCAAGUCUAAAUCUUCCAAAUGAUUGGAAGAUUACACCACUCAGCUUAGCCUUUCUGAAAGGUCAUAUGGGUUUAGUAGACUUCCUAGUAGAACAGCCAGGCAUUGAUAUAAAUGUAGAUGUAAAUAAUGAAAGUGGAAUGACAUUAGUUAUGCAAGCCUUAAGGUCAAAAAUAAACCAUUCAAUGUUGGAAAGAAUUCAUUUCUUGGUAGUUAAGCAAAAGUCUGAUUGUACUAAAGUUGAUUUCAUGGGUAAUAAUGCAUUUCACCAUUUGGUUUGUGCUGAAGUAGCUGAAGUUCAGUUUGAGGCAAAGAUGGAUUACAAUGAGGAUAAAAGUGAUGAGGAUUCCAAUGAAGAUCCUGAGAUGGUCGAGACGAUCAAAACAAAGACUGUGGAGAAACAGUUGUUUAAGGAAGAAGCUCAACAAGAACAUGAUGCUUUAAUUCAAGAAAUAACUAAAUUGCUCCUAGAUCAUGGAUGUGAUCCUAUGGUGAAAAAUAAGGAAGGAGAAUCACCGUUCAAUCUUGCUGUAAAAGAGGGUUGUCUUCUUUUGGUGAAAAUGUUCCUGGAUGCUGGUUGUGAAUUAAAUCUGGAUGUUAGUCAGUCUGGUGAUAAUAUUCUACAUUAUCUAGUUACUCAUGCUCGAAACAGAAAAGUGGAGCCAAUGCUGCAAGCCAUAUUAAAUGCUAAAUGCAGUAAUCCAGAAACAACACCACACCAGCUACUUUGUCAAAUGGCCAAGAUGUAUAAUAAAAAUGGACACACCCCUCUUCUUCAAACUCUCAGUACUUUAGGAAGCUGUCAUGAUGAAGAGAGUCAAAAUAGAUUGCUGACAUUUACUAAGUUUUUGUUAGAUGAAUUGGGAGCGGAUGUUUCUGCACCUUGUAAAGAUGAAAAUGGAAAAGAUACUUCUUAUUCUUUGCAUCUUGCAACAAAAUGUACUGGUGGCCGUGUUAUUGAAGUACUGUUGGCUCAUAAACCACCCUUAAAUUGUUUUGAUGAUAAAGGUCAAACACCCUUAGUUCUUGCAAUCAAAGAAGAAAAUACUGAAGCUGUAGAAGCAUUGGUUAAAGCUGGAGCAAAUGUAAAUUUGAAGUCUAAUGAUAAAGCAAAAUUAAGUCCUCUUCUUCUUGCGGCAAAAAAUCCCAAACUUGGGAACAUUGUUCAACUCCUUGUUCAUAAUAAAGCAGAUGUAAAAGAAACUGAUCCAAAAAAUAAAAAUACAGCUUUGCAUUAUGUUGUCAGUGGACGAGCUGCAAAUGUUCUGGAGACUGGAAAAGUUCUUUUAACAGCUGGAGCAGAUGUAAAUGCUCGUAAUGAUAAGCAAAGAACCCCUCUCCAUUUGUCUGUGAACUCAUCUGGUAGUGAUAGUGAUUCAUGCUAUGCAAUUGAAGAGUGUUUACUGGGUUUUGGUGCAAUGACAGAUGCUAGAGAUUGUAGACAACGAAUUCCUCUUCAUUAUGCUUUCAGAAAAAUUGGAAGGCCUUUUGAUACAUCUCCUAUUGAUCCAGUAGAAAUAACCAUGCUGUUAACAGGAUCGAUAGAAGCUGAGACUAUGAAUGUACCAGACCAGUUUGGACAAACAAUUUUGCAUUGUGCUGGAUAUCGAGGAGCUACUAUAUCUGUUCUAAAUUUGUUUAAGUAUUACAAAAAUCUUGAUGCCAAAGACAAAGAUGGCAAUACAGCUUUAGGUCUUGCAGUUAAAAAUGGACAUGAAAGUUGUGCACUGCAGCUGCUUCAGCAAGGAGCACAUUGUAUUCUUGAUGUUGUUACACCAUUGCAUUUAAAAGAUACUGUAGAUUCAUCCAACUGGGUGUGGAAACACGUAAAGAAAGAGCCUGAAAGCCCUGAAAAACAUACUAUAAUACAGGAAGCUUUGUUGAAAGAUUGGCAAGGUAUAUUGUAUGUGAUGAUGAAUCAAUUGGAACAUCAAGGGAAAGGAAUGAAUCUUGCUGUUGAGGCUUCUUUAAGGACACGCAAGUACAAUGUUUCUCUAAAGCUAAUUGGAAGAAUAAAGCAUAGUUGGUUAUUAUAUAAUGAAAGACGAAGUAUGCUGCAUGUUUUGGCUCGUGAGGCUAUUCCUGAUUAUUGCCCUGAUCUUCAAAUUAAGGUUGCACAGUUUUUAAUUGAAAAAGGUGUCCCUCCUAUGGUAAAAGAUGAACAUAUGUGCACAGUUCUUCAUUUUGCUGCAGUGAACUGGAAUAACACCAUAUGUUCCUUUUUCACAAGUAAGGUGGGUGUUACUGGUGCUGCUCAUGUAGAUCCUGAUAAUUCUUUAAGAACUCCAUUUUCUGCUUUAUUUUGGAAACUUACAAAGGAAGAUAUGUCUGAAGAUAUAAGGAAUUGGUGUUGCAGUUUAAUGAAAGCUGGUGCAAAUCCAAAUACACUUACUCGAUAUCCAAUUAUAAUGAAUCCUUAUCCCGGUGUUCGUUGUAAAGUCCUAGACACAUUGCAUAUGGAAGAUCCUAAUGCUCCAAAGUUUACCCCUCUUGUUAUGGCUAUUUACCAGGCAAAUUAUUCAGUUGUGAAAUUCCUUUUGAAUAAAGGUGCUGAUGUAAAUUUCCCUGAUGGUCAAUUAAGAACACCUUUGAUGCAUGCAGCUAGACUGAAUGAUAUAAGAAUGGUAAAAUUGUUGCUUAAUUAUAAUUAUGAUCCAGCAAAAGAUAGGAAUCCAUAUGCAGAUGUGGAACCUGGAUCUUUUCAAAAAACCAGCUCUGCAAAUCUUGCUGCCCAAGAUUGUGAUGCCUGGACUGUGAUUCAUUACAUUGUUGCUCCUCUUCCUGAUUAUUGCUAUUCGAAUACUGCAUUACUGAGCCUUUUAGCUGAAGUAGGUGCACCUUUAGACAGUGUAAAUGCUGUUGGUGAAACUCCUUUGCAGAUGGCAAUUAACUUAAAACGUGAAGUGAUAGCUACUGCUUUACAGAAAUUGUUGAACACUCCUGAGGACCAAAAGAUAAAAAUUGAGCUUAGCUUACCACAUGUAGCAGCUGAUGAUAUACAAUGGGACCAUCCAGUUUCUAAUUAUGAAGAUGACAGCAAAACGUAUUUAGAGAAGAUACAAAGUGAAAGCAUGGAAACAGAUGAUAAAAGUUACCUGCAGCCUGAUCCACUGUCAGGUUUUGAAACUACUGGUGAAUUGGUAAUGGAUGCAGAAAAGAAUAUUCCAUAUGAUGUAGUUAUGACUGUAGUAGAUUUGAAUUAUGGUGCUUAUGGAAUAUAUAAUUUCUAUAAAAUGCAGCUUAUUAAACAUAAAGGUAAAGAUCUCUAUAUUCUGUUUACAUGCUGGGGUCGAGUUGGAGAUACUGGGCAGUAUCAGAAGACCCCUUAUAGUACACUAAACGAAGCAGUAAAAGAAUUCAGCCGAAUAUUCCGUGCUAAAUCUGGGAAUAACUGGGAUGAUGUCAAGAAUUUUCAGCCACAACCAAAGAAGUAUCGCUUAGUGGAACUUGAUAAGAAACGCCAUGCCAUAAAAUGCAGUGUGAAAUUGAAUUUGAAAUCUGAAGAACAGUCAAAAUUGAGUACAUCAUUGCAAAGCUUAAUGGAAACUUUGAUGGAUAUUUAUACUAUUGAAGGAACAUUAGGAGACUUAGGUGUGGAUGCAUGUUUUGAUGUCUUGCCAUUUGGCUCACUUUCAGAGAGCACUCUGUUAGCUGCUGAGAAUCUGUUGAAAGAAAUUGGGAAUGUUAUAGCUGAGAAGGAUAAUCUCAGGCAGAAUGUCAAAUCCCAGGAAAAAUUUGCUGAACUAAUGCACAAAAUUGUUAAGUUAAGUGAAGAGUUUUAUCAGUUACUACCUAUAUAUGGCUAUCAGUAUGAAAAACUUUGUCCCUUGUUUGGUGCUCCAGAUGUGCAUUCAAAGCUUGUACUGAUCCAUAAUUUACUCCAUAUUGGAUUAUCUUCAAAACUCUUAUUAGGAGCUAGUUUCAAAUCAUCAGUAAUGAAUCCCAAAGAUUAUGUGUACAGAUCUCUAGGCUGUAACUUAAAGCUUCUAAAUGAAGACUGCUUGGAAGCGCAAAUGAUUUUACAGUAUAUCCAUAAUACAUCUCUUAGGAAAAAGCCGAAAGUGCAGUCUAUAUACUCAGUCUAUAUACCUGACCAAAGUGAGAAAUUUAAGAGCAUUAGGCUAUCUAAUCAUAUGCUGUUAUGGCAUGGAACUCGUCUUUCUAAUUUUCUUGCAAUUCUGUCACGUGGCUUGCAAGUAGCUCCAUUAGGUGUACAAAUGCAGGGUGAUCUGUUUGGAAAGGGAAUUUACUUUGCGGAUAUGUUUACAAAAAGUCAGAAGUAUUGUCUUCAAAAUAAUUCUUCAAAUACAAAAUGUAUUCUUCUUUGUGAGGUUGCUUUAGGUGAUGUGCAAGAGGUAAAUAAUUUGGAAGUAGAUGCUUCAGCAAAAUAUGACAGUGUCAAAGCUGUUGGACACAGGCAGCCAGAUCCAGCAAUGAGUGUUUAUUGGCAAGGCAUGACCAUUCCUUUGGGUACCCCCAUUAAUGCCUUGGAACAAGGAAAUUCAUCAUCACAUCAUUAUUUGAACUUCAACGAAUAUGUGGUUUAUAAUUCAUCUCAAGUGUGCAUUCGCUACUUGAUACAAUUUAUUGAUUAAGAGAAAUAUUUUUGGAUGUUUCUUGACACACUUUUGCAAAAGUGCGUGAAAAAUUUAACUCAUCCUGACUGUGCCGUAAGAAACUUUAACAGCAGGCAUGAGAAACCCCUACAAAUGUGCAAGCUUUCUCUUUUGCACCCAAUGGACAAUUCUAUCAGCCCAAGUGAAUUGUGUUACAGAAGAUAAACUGCCAUUUUAAUGUCUGAUUUAUUUCUUGCGUUUUUGCAUUGUUGCUCAUACAAAAAUAUCCAGUGAACAAUAGUUUUUUUUUUUUUUAUUAUUAAGGCAUUUUUAAGCUGGGAAAAAUAAGCCAAUAAGUGCAGCACAAAAGCAUUUUCUUUUGAAAUUCCAGCACUUGCUUUUACAUUUUAUUCUUAAAAACUAAAAAUUGGAUUCAUCUUAUUGAUUUUAUAUAUCAUCAUUUUAAAAAAACUCUAAUUUUACUUGUAAUUUUUAUAUAACUUCUGUUUUUAGACAUUUUGUGUCAUUAUAAAGUGUUGGGAAUUUGAAAAGAAAAUAUCACUUUCUAUCAUUCUACAGAUUGUUGAAAGUGAUUUUUAAAUUAUCUGGUUUUAGAAGUACUUGUACCUAUUUUGGUCACAAGCCUGAUGUAGAUAAAAUUUCAUACAGUUGGCUGUAUGCCUUUUAUUAUUGAAAAAAGUGUUUUAAUAAAGCUAUAAAAAUUUAAAUUAACUGUAUGCAAUGUUCUUUUUACCUCAAAGUUAUUUAUGUGUUUAUUAUCAAAAAAAAAAAAAAAAACGUUUUACUCAAAUUUUCAUGUUAUCUAAAGGUGGUAAGUUUCUUUGUAACUUUUGAAAAUGAAGAAGGGCACAUAAACUCUGAAGUUUUGCACCAACUUUUUACAUCAGCAGAUGUAUAUUUUUGAAGACCCAUCUAGCAACUGACUAAUGUAUUUAAACUGAAAGUUAAAAAUGGAGUUAAGAUUUAAUAUUGCUUCAUUUCCCAUUGUUAAAUACAUGAUUACACUUUUAUUAAAUUUGAUUGUAAUACAUGGAAUUUUUAUGUUAUUUUGCAUUUCUUUAUUGUAUAAAUAAAUCAUGAGUAGUAAUGAGUUAUACGGCUGCCUAUAUUUAAUGAACACUGAUCUGCAAUAAAAUGCAGCCAUCUGUAACAAACCUGUUACCUGAAAUAAAAUAUUGCAAUUCAUAUUUGUAAA